CCGUCCUAGCCCCCUCCGGGGUUUCCACCCCGUCGCCGCGUCGCUUCUCCGCUCUCGCAGGGUGGAAACGACGGGCCAGAGCGGCGCGGUGGGGUGGCUUCGCCCUAACGGGGUGCGAAACUGAGUGGGGGUCAAAAUACCCGCCCAUUGGUCCGCCCACAUAGCACCGGAACGGCCGCUUCGAAUCAAUUCGAGCCUCGAUCUCACCCCGUAGACGAUCCUACGCUCGCGAUCGUGUACCCUUCGUCGCGAACUCGCGACAUCUCGAUAUUCCGGACCGAUUUUAACCUCAAAGAAGCGCGUCAGCAUCAGAGGGAUGCUCACAUGACGCUUCCCGAGGACGUCGCGAGGGAUUCGUCAUCGCGAGCGGGUCCUUGAUAUAAAAUCACGGAUCAAACUCUAGAAGAGGACGCCGUCGAAUGAAGAUUCAAGUUUUGUUGAUUCUCUGAUGAAGAGGAAAGAUCGAUCGAUCUCGUGACCGCGUGAGAUUAUUUUUAGCGAGUGAAAAAGAGAGGGAGAGAAUUCGAAAGUUCCGGAGAUCCAUCCAAGCACAUCCAAUUGGACGUCUUGCAGGAUGAAACGUGUCUCUCCUUGCGGAUGGAUCGCGAGAGACAUCCCUGACGAUGCCUCGUCGGACUGACGACGUGCGCGUCGCGGCCUGAAGCAAGACGAAGAAGUACGGCGAGAAGCAAAAAAUUCCCCGUUAUCGUUGUGGAAACAAACUAUUAGCGUAAGAUAGCAUUCGUUAGGCGGAGGGCAGAGUGACGGAUAGAGCGCGACAGUCGUUUCGCUGAAAUAUAUCGCGGCAGAAAUCACAUCGCGUGUCUUUACUGACGACGAACGUUUUUUCAUUGGAAAAAUCGGAACGGGUGCAUCAAACGCAAGCACAAGAGUGAAAGACGCUUCCGCGGCUGGUGCAGCAACAUCGCAGUUAUUACUGCGACACUGUGUCAAAUAAGUAGCGCGGCUCGGAUCUUGUUUUUUAAGAACUGAAAGUGACUGUACAUGGUGAUCAAAAUUUUUACCUGAACGGUUGUUGCAGAGCGACUGUUUGUUGAAACUGAAAUGAUUGCGUGAAUUUACGUGCAAUCUUGUUACAUUCUAUGUGACGACCGAAGUUUACUUCUCACAGACUGUAUUGAGAAAAUACAGAUACGAUUUAUAUAAUUUCCUUGGGGAAAGAAUGUUUUGUAGGAUGUGAAGCACUUCGUAUUCUCCCAACAACUUGAUACUUGGUAUUAUUGAUCUAAUAUUUGCGAUACGCUGUUUCCUCAUGAAUAAAAUCUUCUCUAACAAAAGGGAGAUUCUUGUUAAUAAUCAAAGAAUUUAAAAGUUUUAUACAAAAAAAUAUUGAACUCAAACGUCACUGCGACAAGUCUCAUUUUCAAAGACAACCAUAAAAGAUUUGCAUCUUCUGGAGAACAAGGUUACAUCCCAAGAAGUAACAUCGAGAAGAAGACAUUAAUAUUCUACUGGUUCUGCGAGGACAAUCUCCAGAGAGGAUUUAACUUUCGGACGAUGAGAGAAUGAGAGCGAGCGGCGAGCUCGCAGAGUCGGUCGACCGGCCGACGACGAAAUAGACGUGCAGGUCAUUACGCUCAUGAGGCGGCGAUCACGAUGGAGCCACGUGCGAUGAUGAUGUCGAACCUGUCGUGCGACGGCUGCGCGGACAGCGACCGGGACUCGGACAGCAGCAGCAUGAUCGUGGACCCGGUGAGUCUCGACAAGAACGACCUGUCGCCGCCGUCGCAGACGUCGUCGAGUCCGGUGAUGCCGAGCUGCUCGCCGAUACCGACGCCGACGCCGACGCCGUCGGCCGGCAGGAAUCGCGGUGGCGGCGGUGGUAGCGGACGUUCCUCCGCGAAGAAGACGUAUUCGAUGAUGUCAGCGACGAAUCAGUCCAGCAAGUCAAGCGGUUCCGGUCAGUCCAGCUACGGUUCCGACAAGAUGUCGUCAUCCCUGAUAAAACCGCCGUACUCGUACAUUGCGCUGAUCACCAUGGCGAUCCUGCAGUCGCCGCAGAAGAAGCUGACGCUGAGCGGCAUCUGCGAGUUCAUCAUGUCCCGCUUUCCCUACUACCACGAUAAGUUCCCCGCCUGGCAGAACUCGAUCAGGCACAACCUGUCGCUCAACGACUGCUUCAUCAAGAUCCCACGCGAGCCUGGGAACCCCGGCAAGGGUAACUACUGGACGCUGGAUCCGCUCGCGGAGGACAUGUUCGACAACGGUAGCUUCCUGAGACGCAGGAAGCGGUACAAGAGGCCGCCGCCGCACUAUGUGCUGCGAGAUCGCGCGAUUAUGGCCACCUUCGCUAUCUGCGGCGAUCGGGGACCCUGUCCGGGUAGUGGCGGUGGUCACCCUGGUGCUCUGGCCUAUCCUGGGGCAGCUUACCUGUCGCCGCCGCCUGGCUUGCCAUUGCUGGACUUCUCACCAACAACCUUGGAGGCGCUGAAGCUCGGCGGCUUCCUGGAACCGCCGCCGCCACUUUACAAACCGGUGCCCAUCACUGCACCGCCGAUCAGACAGCUCGACCCAAUCCCUGCCAGGAUCACGACGCUGCCGAGCAGUCACGCGACCAGCGUUGACAAGAAGCGCAACUUCAGCAUCGACGCGCUGAUCGGCAAGCAGGCUGGCAGCGAUCAGAACUGUGGCGCGUUGCUGGACCUCAGUCCAUCCGAGCACAGAGAGAUCAGGAGUCAGGCGUCCGCCUUCUCGCCACUAGUCUAGGGGCCUACUUCUGGAGCCGUCGAGGAAGGAUGAAGGAUCAUGACUUCUUGGAGCGCGAAGUUGAUCGGUUUCCCCACGCCUUGGCAAAGAGAGCGAUCAAAUCGCAAAGUGAACGCUGAACUACGUACAUCGCGUGAUCGAAUAGUGACGAAUAAUAUCGAGAUCAUGUUGGUGAACCGUGCGUCGCUACCUAGACUUUGCCACGGCUGUAAGAAUACCUUGAAGAGGUCCUCAAGAAGACUUGAAAGGGUUUGAAGUAAUCGUUGCGCGAUGGACGACUCGUUCCGGAAGUGAUGGUAAUCGAUGUCGUUUAGCAGCUGAUCAAUACUGUCCAAAUGAAAUAAAUACUUUAACACGGCAAUUAGAUAUGGUAUGCCAACUUGGAAAUUAAGAUUUUCGUUUUUCUUCAUGAAUUAUAACCAACUGUAAUUUCCAUAUUCCUUUCGAAAAAAGAAAAUAGAUAUUAAAUAGAUAGAAUUAAAACAAAAUUUUUAUUCUAUCUAUUUAUCUCUCUAUCUAUUUAGCUCUGAAUUUUUCGAAAAAUAUUUUUAAAAAAGCAUGUUUUAUUUCUCCUGUUUUAUAUCAUACUGAAAAUAUACUUUUUGUAUCAUUUGGACAGCAUUUAUCCAUAAUGGGAUUGUUACAUUCAACAUGCGUUUUACGAGACUUCAAUAUUGAUUUCCGAAAACGGCUGGAUAUUUGCUCUGCAUACGUUAACCGUACAUUUUCACGAAUUGCAAAUUGCUCAGCGAUUGCAGAUGAUAAGAAGAACGUGCGAAAUCGAGAAAUUCAGGCGUUAUCUGUGUUAUCUACAAUUCUAGCUUUUAUUCGGUAAGACAUGACGAGAUUCAUAGUUCACGUAAUCAAUUGAAUCCUGGCACGAAAUUCCAGGUGAUCGUUUCUUACCGAGUAAUUGAGACGAAUCACAGAAACUAUAGAAAGAUGUGUAUGAGUCGAUUUAAUGAGAAAAUGUAUAUCGAGGAAAAUAUAUAAUGCAUCCUGCAUCUUUGUAAAAAGGCGUAGUGCAAUAGCGUAGCGUUUUUAGUUAACACAUUUCUUGUCGCAUUUCUUAAAACGACUAGUGGAAGUAAAUGCGUACCUAAAGGCGAUACAAAUUUCGCGUCAACGAGGUCAAAGUUUUUCAUGUUGUAACAAUGCGACAAAUAUCGCGUAGACAUUUUUACAAACAUUAAUCGCUAAUAUAAAAUUGUAUGUAUCUCAAAAUUACAGAAUUCUUUUUAUCUUCCUUUCGAGCCUUUCGAGAAAUUAAAAUUUAUUAUAUCUUUUAGUUAUAUUAUAGCGAAAAAUACAUUUUUAAAUGUCUUUGUUAAAAAGUGAUCCAUCAUAAGUUUCUUUACAUAGCAUUUCAUUCUGUUAAUCGUUUUGGUAACAUGGACAGUAAUAUCGGUAAUAUCGAUAUUAGUCGCUACGUUAUGUAACAUCAUAUCACACACGUAAUUGCUACGAAUCUCGUUUUAGCGAGCAGAGAGAUCGAACGAUAAUUUACUUCCACUCGUCGCACGGUUUUUUGCGAACCAAGUUCGUUGCGUACGUAUAUAAGUUGUCCGCGCACCCCUCUGAUUUCACUUUCGUUGCCCGGCCCUGCCGGUUAGGUGAACUUAGGUUCCGCUUCUAUAUGGUCGAUUAAUAUCGGCAUUGUAAAUACGAGUCCCGAACAAAUAUAUGCGCAGCACUCUGUUAUAGCGGGGAGCACCUUUCUUCAGUGGAUUUAAUGUAAAGCCGCCCGCCCCCAACCCCCAUUUAGCCGUAAGCGGUCAAGUAGACGUUUGGUGUACAUACAGUCGAAUCCGUAGCGUCGAUCCACACGUAAUUGUGAAUACCUAUGUAGUACUUUUAACGAUUAAGGCAGAUCUUCCGUCUCUCGCACGAUCAAGCGAUCGCCCGCUUUGAAUAAUACGACAACCCCCUACACGCUUUUAAUCCUACAUUUUUACGCGAUAAGAGAACGAUCACGUGAUCUUUAAUUUUCCAAAUGUUUCAACACAGAUAAAUAAGACCAAGGUUUUUAGAAAGAAUUACGCAUUCGGAAAGUAUAACUUGUCGAAAGAGUUUUUAUUAAUAAAAAAUUGAGAAUUGUGAAAUUAUAAAUAAAUUCUGUGGAAAAUUGGUAGAAAUUGUUGGGAAGAUUGUUUGAUAAAAUUUCUCUGUAUUCGCUAAAUAAAAUCGUACUCAAAACGUGAAGAUCUUGUAAUAAAUGACCAUUCAGUUUAAAUUAUACGUACAGCAUGUUUCACUAAAUCUUGUACAUCUCUCGAUCCUUACGAAACAAUGCAGUACUUCACUUUGUUCCUCCGCUAAGGGUAAGCAGCGAAGUCAAGAUAUAUGUUUAGUUAUAGGCUACGCAUCCUAUCGUUAACAAAGAAAUCGUCUGUAGAUCUUAGUGAGUAUUGUAUGUGUCAAGAUGAUAGAUUUAUAAUAACAUGUAAUAAUAAAAACAAUAAAGUAUAUCGUUAAGUAUA